AUGCAUCUGCGAGCUUUCUCUGCCUUUGUCUUGUGUGCAAUAUGGCCCAGUGCUUUGUCCGUGACGCGGUACUCCAUACCCGAGGAGAUGGAAAGGGACUCUGUCGUGGCAAAUCUAGCCGCGGAUUUGGGACUUGAUCUUGGGGAUCUUGCUCAGCGUGAGGUAAAGCUCGAUAUUUUCCACAACAAAAAAUAUCUAGACGUAAACAAAAAGACGGGCGAGCUUUACAUUGUUGAAAAGAUGGACAGAGAAUACCUUUGCCCAAUCAAAAUUUCAGUCUCCUGUUUUCUGAAGCUAGAUGUUAUCAUAGAAAACCCCCUACGAAUAUUCAACAUUGAAUUAGGCAUAACAGAUAUAAACGAUAAUGCACCUUAUUUUCGAAGGGACCGGGUAGAGCUCGACGUUUCAGAAUCGGCGACGCCAGGGGAGAGGUUCUCUCUGCCUAAUGCGGUGGACCCAGAUGUUGGCUUGAAUACAAUAAAAACGUACGAACUCAGUGCUAGUCAACAUUUCACAAUAGAAAUACAGACCGGCAGCGAUGGUACUAAAUACGUGGACCUCGUAUUGACCGAGGCUUUAGACCGGGAGCAACGUCGUAUUCAUAACCUUAUAUUAACCGCAGUGGACGGCGGGGUCCCCGUGCGCUCUGGCACUGCCAAUAUUAUUGUUCGGGUGCAGGAUACAAAUGACAAUGCGCCCCAGUUUGAUCAGCAGGUUUACACCAUUAACAUAACCGAAAAUACCCCGUUCGGCACCGUAUUGAUGAAACUUAACGCCACAGAUCUUGACGAAGGUCCCAAUGCAGAGAUAGUGUACUCUUUCACGCUUUACACGUCAGAAAAAACGCAAGACGUCUUUGCGCUGAAUCCCGAUACGGGAGAGAUUACAGUGAAGGGCACUAUUGACUAUGAAGACACGAGAUUCUACGAGAUGCACAUUGAAGCUAAAGACAAAGGGCUGCAGCCAUUACUUGGGCAUUGUAAAGUAGUGGUUUAUGUGACGGAUAUGAAUGACAACUAUCCGGAAAUCACCAUACAGUCUGUUAAGAGCACAGUGGACGAGAACAUUCCCAUAGGAACCGUCAUAGCCUUAGUAGGCAUAAGCGACAGGGACACUGGUGACAACGGCAGAGUGAGUUUAGCCAUAACCCACCCCUUGCCUUUUACGCUCAACAAGUCACCUGACAGACCCAUCAUUUAUAAACUCAUGGUGUCAGAGCCUUUAGAUCGCGAACGAGUGCCGGAAUAUGACGUCACAUUCAUUGUGACAGACGCAGGAACGCCCCCGUUAUCUGAUAAUGAAACGAUAACAGUACAUCUACUCGACGUAAAUGACAAUGCGCCAAAUUUCCCCCAGUCCUUUUACACGAUACGAGUAAUGGAGAAUAACGCACCUGGUGCUUUAUUAAGCUCGCUCUCUGCAUUUGAUCCAGAUCUCCAUGAAAAUCAGUAUCUGGUUUAUUUUAUCCUGGAGAAAGAGAUAGCCAACACUUCCAUGUCGAUGCUAUUCUCUAUCAAUCCAGAGAACGGUAAUCUUUACGCACUAAAGACAUUUGACUAUGAGAUUGAGAAGGAGUUCCUUUUCCACAUCGAGGCCAGAGACUCUGGCGUUCCUCCACUCAGCAGUAAUGUGACUGUUCACAUCAUUAUCGUGGACCAGAACGACAACGCUCCGGCCAUUGUCUCUCCGUGGCGUUCGCACGGCUCCGUGGUGGAGGAGAAGAUUCCCAGAUCCACAGAUAAAGGCACUUUGGUUGCAAAGGUAAUAGCCAUAGACACCGACUCGGUGCUGAACUCUCGGAUUACUUACCAGUUUCUACAAGUGACUGAUGCCACUUUAUUCAGUCUGGACCAAUACAACGGAGAGAUCCGGACCAUGAGGAUGUUCAGUUACAGAGACCCGCGUCAUCAACGUCUGGUUGUUGUUGCCAAGGACAACGGUGAGCCUGCUCUCUCUGCUACAGUCACCAUCAAGCUGUCCACAGUGGAGACUGCUGUUAAGGCCUACUCUGACAUGACUGAAGUACCUCUAGAAUAUGACAUCUUUUCAGACUUAAACCUGUAUUUGGUCAUCGGUCUGGGCUCGGUGUCCUUUCUCCUGUUGAUCACCAUUUUGGUCACCAUCGUGCUCAAGUGUCAGAAUCCCAAGCCCAGCAAAGCUGCGGCUGCCUGUAGGAACAGUGUGAUCAGUGAGAGGAAUUCUACCAUUGGAGAUUCUACUCUGGUGUCCAACGAUGCCUACUGGUACAGCCUGUUUCUAGCGGAGACUAGGAAAGGAAAGUUUGUGGUUAGACAGCCUGUGCCAAAGGGCUCCAGGUACAUUGUGUCCAGUCUACCAAGGAGCACAGGACUGACAGAGACCAGUGACUCUGCAGCUUCCACUUUGCAGGUAAGGAUAUGUUCGAUGCUGUAG